AUGCGAGUGGCCUUAUCACCCUUCUUGAGACGGCAGAUGACAGUGAUAGGCUUCUUCUUCUCAGGGAAGUAUUCCUCAAGGUGGAAGGACUCUGUUGUACCCCAAAGGGCGGCAAUCUUGUUCUUGAAUCUGAUCGUCGGCCUCUUUUUUAAUGACCAGGGCGUGGGCAUUCCGACCCUCCUCAAGCUCUUUGAUGCUGUGCGAGAGCUUCUCAAUGUCCUGAUUCAGAAUAGUCUCCGCGCUCUCAUGUUGGGCUUCAAGCUCCUUGAUCUUGGCAGUGGCCUUGUUGUGCUCGUUGGUCUCGCUCUGGAGAGACUUGGUGAGCUUGGCCUUUUCCUUGUCCCAUCCAAACUGGGCAAUUUGAGCAUUGGCCAACUCAUCGGUCUUCUCGUCAAGCUGGGCCUGCAGGCUCUCGUGGUGCUGCUCAUAUUGGCUCUUACGGAAGACACAGUCCAUCUCAAGGACGGCCCCCGCCAUGCGGUGUCGUUCUCUCUCAGCAUGCAGUCUGCGGUUCAGGGAGCUGAUCUUUUCAUCUUUCAUGAUCUUCCACUCUCCCAGAAGUUGAUGGUUGAUGAGGUUGAGCGCUUGCCCCCACUCGAGGCUCUCCUGGACAAAGUGACAGGCGUUGAAAGCUCUUUCGCGGGCAUGGUCUCGUUCGAGCUUGACAUCUGCGAUCUCUUGGAUCUUGAGCUCAAGAGCAGACUUUUCAUCCUCCCACAAAACAUGAACAUUGGCGUAAAGGCGCUUGGCUUCGAUUUCAUUCUCGAUAGCUGCAUCUCGCUCACGUUCGGCUGUGCGGCGGUCUUUCACCGCCGCAUCCUCACGAUCAGUGGCAUCCUUGCGAUCAGCCAGGGCCUGUCGCAGAAUUUCGUCAAAGUGGGCUUGUUUCUCCUCCAGAGUCUUCAAGUAGUCGUUCAGUUGCGUGUUUGUGGUAUUAAGAAUGAGGAUGUCCUUUUCAGCUUCGCUAAGCAGCUCGGCCUUGAUCUUCAAGUCGCGCUUAUGGUCAGAGCAGAGCAUGGAAAGCUCGGCAAACUUCUUCGUGAGCUCAAUAUUUUCCUCCCGGAAUCUCUUGUUCUCCUUUUCCAAAUCUUCAGCCUUCUUUCGCCAGGCAUCAGACUCGACCUUGGCAAUGCGUUCACAUUUGCGGGACUCGCGUGCUUGCUCCUGGGCAAGGGUAAGCUGAGCAGUCAGCCUGACAACCCAAUCCUGGAGCUGAGUGAUAUCCCGGCGAUGAGUCUCAAUUUGCCUGUCACGGAUGAUCAACAGCUUCCCUGCAACCUCAGCUUUGGCUUCCUGAGCGUCACGCUCCUGUGCGAGCUUGACCAUCCGGAAGCGGGCUUGGCCCAGCUCACAGUUGGCAAUUUUCAGCUGGCCCUCAAUCUCAACGCGGCGCUUCUCAGCGGCCUCAAACUUGGCAAUUGCAACGGCCUUGUCAUGUUCAGCGGAAUCCAGUUUUGUGAUGACUGUGGUAAGCUCUUCGAGCAGUUUGUCGCUCUCGGCGAGGGCGAUGUGAAGGUCGAAGAACUCGUUGUCGCGGAUCAUGGUGGUGUCGAUGUCAUCAAGGGUGGAAAGCUCCCUCUGGUGGACCUCAUGCUUGUUGAUGAAGUUGUCGAGAUUGAAUCUUUCAGCGAGAGCAGCGAUGGUCUCAGGCUUGACCAGACGGGGUGGUGGGAUUCGGUUCACCACGGGCUUGGUUGGCUUGAUCCAGGGAAUAAACUCGGUCUUCAUAAUGCCGUGGGUGUUACCGUUGCUGGUGCCGUUGUUGGUACCAUUGCUGUUACCGUUGGCACCAGCGACGGAGUUCUCUGUCAAUGCGAGCUGGGCCGGGGCCGGAAUCGGGGCUUGAACUGCUGCAACCAUCUUGAAGACGUUUGGUAA